CCCACUUCAAAACCUCCCAAACACCACCUCUCCUCCAAACCCUCGCUGCGUUUGGGCCAUCACCACCACGCCGCAGCAUCCCGUCAUCGUCAGCAUCUUCCUCAUCUGACCUUGAAUUCUUCCGUCCUUCAGCGCGCUUCGUUUUCAGUCGCGUCUUUCCUGCGCUGCUCGCCGUCAACUCUGGGCUGCUUCCCCAGGCCCAAGUUGCUGCGAAGCAUCGUCAUCGUUUCUUCUCCCAUCUGCAGACGUCGCUUCAACCUCCUCAAUUCGGCAUUUGCCUCCUCUUCCUUCCUGCAUAACCCCGCAUCGGCAUCGGCUUCUCCAUGGCCGAGGGCUAAACGACUGUUGUUGAACUGGUUGGACGCUUCCUUCUGAUACGCGCUGCCGCAUCUCAAGAACGCUCGCUGACACUCCUUCUGCCCUUGGGACUGUCCUUCUUGGCUCACCUCGAGCUUGCCAUCAUGUCGUUGAGCUCGGACGAGGGUGAGAUCAGGGACGAUGGAAACGGGGACCUGAAGGCAUCUCACCAGACUUCUCGAGCAGGAAAUGGAGUUGACCGUCAAGGCAGACCGCGCGACCCGUCGCCCGCUCCGUCGCGAGCGAGCGCCAGCUCGUCUCGCCGGAGCCGCUCUCCUCGCGGAUACAAGAGGCUGCGUGACGACGGAGACCACUACGGUGGUGGACGAGACUACGAUUCGAGGCCCUCGCGUUCUCACCGCGGCGACGACCGCUACCGCGAUGACCGCCGUGGGCGAGGCAGGCGGCCCUCCGACAGCGUCUACGAUGACGCCCCACGACACGAAUACCGCCGAUCACGCGUCUCGUACGAGGAUCUAGACCAUCCGUCGCCCCACGGCUCAGGCUAUAACAACGAGUCGCGUCAAUAUCGCGACGACGCUGAUCAGCACCGCCGUCGAGACCACCUGGACCGCGACCGACACGGCUAUCGACCUCGCGAUGGCGGCUACGGUCGACAGCACGACCGCUUCGACAAUCGUCGCCGAGAUGUCUACCGUGACGAGCAGCCACGACGCCGCAGCCGCUCCCCCAGCACGUAUCGACGCGAUGCGGGCGGUGAUCACGAGAGAGGCAAUCGCAACAACGGCGGUGACAGACCCUCGCUCCCGCUGCGAGCCGAUGCACGCGAGAAGACCCGGCCUUCCCUCGCUCCGGGCACAAUGGAGGCGACCAAGGAGCUGUCUCCGGAACCAGAGUUCCAGGAACCGGAGCCGAUCGACGAGGAUGCCGAGAUUGAGCGGCGUCGGAAGCGGCGCGAGGAGCUCUUGGCCAAGUCCAGCUCGGCUACGCCCCUGCUCCUCCAUGCCGUCGGGGCCGCCGCCGAGAAGGCUGGCCACACGGCAUCGCCCGCUUCCACACAACCAGAGCCUCGCCAGCAAUCGCUGGAGGCCCGUACCCCUCGGACGCCAGGCUCUGACUGGCCCUCACCUCACUCGCCCACGUCGCGGGACGAGCCUCUGGACGACAAGGGCCUCAUGAACACGCAUGUCAACGCAGAGGCCGCUGAACCGGAGGGUCCAUCGGCCGCCGACUACGAUCCAACAGUCGACAUGCAGGAAGAUGAACGGAGAGAUGGCCUUCGACAUGGACAGGCGGUCAUGCAUGGCGAAGCACAACCUGUGGAGGCACCCAAACCGGGAAGCCCCUUACAGCAGCACGCCUCUGGCGACGAAGAUGACGAUUUCGACAUGUUUGCGGAAGAUUUUGACGAGGUCAAGUACGCAGCUCAGCGGGCCAAGGCGUCAGACACGCGCCAGACGCAGGGUGGUAUUCUCGAGGGCGAUGACUCUGAGGGCUUCUACAAGCUUCGCGUCGGCGAGAUCUUGGACUCUCGCUACAAGGUUCAGUCGGUGCUUGGCCAGGGCAUGUUUGCGCGGGUUGCCCGCGCCGUAAAUCAAGAGACCCAGAAGGUGGUGGCCAUCAAGAUCAUCCGCAACAACACUGCCCUGCGAAAGGGGGCGCUCACGGAGAUUGCCAUCUUGAAGAAGCUCAACGACGGGGAUCCAUCGAAUAAGAAGUACAUCGUCCGCUUUGAGCAGUCGUUCGACCACCAGGGCCACCUCUGCAUGGUUUUUGAGGGCCUUGAGAUGAAUCUCCGCGAGGUACUGAAGAAGUUUGGCAAGAAUGUCGGCAUCAACCUCGAGGGCACGCGGCGAUUCGCUCGCCAGAUUUUCGUCGCGCUGGACCAUAUGCGUAGGAGCAGCAUCAUCCACGCGGAUCUCAAACCCGACAACAUUUUGAUUCACGAAACGCGCCAAUUUGUGAAGAUUUGCGACUUAGGAACCGCCAUCGACAGAGACGACGCGGCCACGGCGCACUCGCAGGUCACGCCGUACCUGAUCAGCAGGUUUUAUCGAGCGCCCGAGGUGAUUCUCGGCAUGGAUUACGACUACGCCAUUGACGUGUGGUCCAUCGGCUGCACGCUGUUCGAGCUGUUUACAGGCAAGAUCCUGUUUCCCGGCGAGAACAACAAUCAGAUGCUCAAGCUCAUGAUGGAACUGCGCGGGCGGAUGUAUCCCAAGUAUUACAAACGCGGACAGAUGUGGCCACACCAUUUCGACGACCGUGACAACUUUGUGAGCGUCACGCGCGACAAGCUCACCAACAGGGUACGUAACAAGGGUGUUUUACGAUGUGUGUGGAUUCGAUAGCGGCCGACGAUCUUCGCUCCAGGUGCCGCCGAGUCAUGGCCGGGGCGCAUUCCACGCUGGGUCGGGACCUCGCGGGCGGCGUAAGUGCGUCGUUGAGCGGAUGCGUGACGGGGAGUAGGAUCGUGGGACUUUGCACCGGGAUUAUUGCUGGACUAUUGCCCAGUGGCGGCCGUCCCACAACUCCUGUCAGCAGCACGGCAGACUGCCACGCAUGCAUCUCGCGUGGACCGGGGUCUCCCGUCAGCCUCAUCAUCGACACGACCUCAUUAUUGGAUGGGGCGUCGUUUCUGCUUGCCUGCCCUGAACGUCGCCUUGACCCAGCCAGCCCUGCCUUUUGACGCCCGACAUAGGGGGACCAGCUGCUGACGCGCAUCUGAUUUAGGAAGUCAUGAAGACUAUGAUUGUCAAGCCCACGCGCAGCCUGGGCUCUCGCCUCGACGACGCGGCUGCAGGCAUGUCGCCUUCGGAGAAGCAGGACUUGGAGCGGUUCCGAGACCUGCUGGAAAACUGCCUCGUGCUGCACCCGGAGCGACGCAUCACGGCGGCCGAGGCGCUACAGCACUCUUUUUUCCACCACAAACGAGUCACAACGCACCCACGCUAGGAUACGAGGGGCAUGUGGAAACGAGCUUGAUUGCUGCAUGGGCGCGCGCAAGCGAGCUUCCGGCAAAUCCGAUGCGUGGCGAGCGGAGUCACGACGGCGAGGGACGCGGGGAGUUAGUAAUCGAUGCAUUGCGCGUGUUUCAGCACACGACACACGGCGACGGCGUUGAAAGGGGUUUGUGCUGCGUAAGGGAACACUUGGGUCGCCACGGACGGGCCACAUCAUGGGCCGUUAGCCAGCGCGCGGCGACGUACAGACCACCGAGCUCGACAAGGGAGGAGGGCGCUCGGUUGCCACGUUGUGUCUGUGAUAGGAUACGGCUGUUGGAGUAGUGGAAUACAGUACAAUGAAUGUGAGGAAGAAGACGC